CUCAAUAAAAUCGUUGAAAUUGUUGCAUGUUGCGUUUAUAUUUUUCUUCAGUAUAGAAUAAAAAUAUGAAUAAUUAGUUCAACAUUUUCUCAACGAAUCAAUAUCCAAUCAAUUUAUUUUAUAAGAUAGCCUAUCAGAUCUACUGAGGAGGAAGAUGAUAACAACAGCAAUAAUCAACCGGUGGGAAUCUUUAUUUCCAUUGGGUUACACGUUUAUUACCUGGAUUGUCCUUUUCAAGACUCCAUCACUCGUGCCCAGAUCAGAGCGCCAGUCAGAAGAAAGAGCACACUGAGAUGCUCGCACCUCGCCAUGCAGUGUGUUUAACAGAGUCCUGAAACCUACCGGGCAGUGACAAUCCUAGGAGAAGCUCCGCCACAUGCACCGUCUGCGAAACGGGAAGCGGCAGUUAGAUGCACUUGGAAUACCGGAUCACGGACGAUGGAAGACAGUUUCAGAAGAAGCUUUUCGUCUACAUAGGCUGCAACAUCGGGCUCUUCUGAAAUACUUCACUAUAGGACCCCGAUUACCGAAUUUCAAUCUUUCAACCCAACUUUACCAAGACUUGACUGGGACCAGACAGUAUGAGGUUAAAAAGCUCCUACUGGCUUCUGAUAUCUUUCUUGGUGAGCGGAACUGUUGCCUGGGAGACCAGCUCUGAGCCUGCUAGCCCAGACACAUCUCUCAGGUCUGUCCUGACCAUAAUGGAGGACGAGAGGCAGACCAUGACCGAGGGUCAAUACAGAUGUCUUGAACUGUUCAGCCGAGAUCAGCAGCACAACAGAACAGGUGUGUUCUGUAGCCGUAUGUGGGAUGGCUUGCUGUGUUGGGAUGAGACUCCGGUGGCGACCUACGCCACACAGAACUGCCCAGAUUACCCUGGCCUGGACAUCUCUGGAAAAGUGUCAAAAUAUUGUGAUGAAUCUGGUAAUUGGGUCCAAAGUCCCUCCAUUAAUAGGACCUGGUCCAAAUGUCUGACGCUCUCCAAGGACAAAUUAAAGAAGGUGACUCUCCAUGGUCUGCUAGAGCCAGGGUCUGUGGAGCCCACUGUGAAGACUCCAGUCAGCCAGAAUGUGACUCCCCAUGGUCUGCUAGAGCCAGGGUCUGUGGAGCCCACUGUGGAGACUCUAGUCAGCCAGAAUGUGACUCCCCAUGGUCUGCUAGAGCCAGGGUCUGUGGAGCCCACUGUGGAGACUCUAGUCAGCCAGAAUGUGACUCCCCAUGGUCUGCUAGAGCCAGGGUCUGUGGAGCCCACUGUGGAGACUCCAGUCAGCCCCAGGGUCAGUCAGGAGGAGGAGGAGAGGAAGAAGAUCAUCGACGGUCAAUACAAAUGCUUUGAGAAGAUGAACAGAGACCAGCCGUAUAACAAAUCAGGGCUGUACUGUAACCGGACCUGGGAUGGCUGGCUGUGCUGGGAUGAUACACCUGCUGGGACAGUCACCUGGCAGAACUGCCCAAACUAUUUCCGUGACUUCGACUCCACAGAAAAAGCUACAAAGACAUGUGGCGAAUCAGGACAGUGGUUCCGCCACCCAGAUUCUAAUAGGACAUGGUCCAACUACACGCUGUGUAACUUCCACACUACUGGCAAGCUGAAGAUGGCCUAUAUCCUGUACUACAUGGCGAUUGUGGGUCAUGCCUUAUCCAUAGCCUCCCUCCUGAUCUCUCUGGCUAUAUUCUUCUACUUCAGGAACCUGAGCUGCCAAAGGAUCACGCUUCAUAAGAACCUCUUCGUUUCCUAUGUCCUCAACUCCGCCCUUACCCUCAUCUACCUCAUAGCAGUGGUCAACAACACAGAUGUAGUGGAGAGAAAUCCAGUUGGCUGUAAGGUGUUGCACUUCUUCCACAUGUACAUGCUGGGCUGUAACUACUUCUGGAUGCUGUGUGAGGGGAUCUAUCUGCACACACUCAUUGUGGUGGCUGUGUUCGCCGAGGAGCAGCACCUACACUGGUACUACCUCCUAGGCUGGGGGUUUCCCUUAGUGCCUGCAUCCAUCCAUGCCGUGGCAAGGAAGAAGUAUUUUGAUGACAACUGCUGGAUGAGUGUUGAGACCCACCUGCUCUACGUGGUCCACGGGCCCAUCAUGGCAGCACUGCUCGUGAAUCUGUUCUUCUUGCUGAACAUCGUGAGGGUGCUGGUUACCAAGCUGAGGGACACCCACCGGGCAGAGUCUAACAUGUACAUGAAGGCAGUGAGAGCUACCCUGAUCCUGGUCCCUCUCCUGGGCAUCCAGUUUGUCAUCUUCCCCUGGAGGCCAGAGAACCGUCUGGCGGGGGAGGUCUACGACUACAUCAUGCAUAUACUAAUGCAUUACCAGGGAUUACUAGUGGCAACGAUAUUCUGCUUUUUCAAUGGCGAGGUGCAGGCUGCUCUGAAGAGACAGUGGAUUCAGUAUAAGGCCCAGUGGGGUCAGAGACGGAGGGACCACUGCUCCAUGCGCUCUACCUCCUACACCGCCACAUCCAUCACUGAGGUGCCCGCCUUCAUGUACCACCACGACUGCAACAGCGAACACUUAAACGGCAGACACACCUCUGAGGACUCUGAGCUGGUGGCUCUUAAGACAGGGGAGACGUACGCCUGACAAGCGGGAGGCACUCUGAGUGUGGGAGGAGAAAAGAGUUAGUAGAGGAAUCAAGAUGGAGACGUUUCUCUACUAUCUAACAUGAAACAAAGUUUCCCAGCGGUCCCCGUCACGGUUCCCCAUCUCAGAGACAGAACGAGGGGGUAAGCCCCAGACUGUGAAGGAGAAGACAGUGUGUGUCUGGACAGUGAUACAGUGAUACAGUAUCUCUCCCAUGACUUGGCCAACGAUGGCUGAUGCUUCUUUACAUGACAUUGCUGCUGCUGUGGCUGAUUUUAAAAACAUUAUAAGAUAUACAUGAAACGGGAGUCGAGUUUGAAAUGUGACACGUCCUAAAGCUGCUAUUUGUGGCUGCUAUUUGUGGAGCUCUUCCUACACAUCAUGGGGACAUUGAGGAUGAUGGUGAUGGUGAAAUGGAUGAUGAUGAUGAAACUGUAUUGUUGCUUCGUCUAUACCAAAGGGUGUGUGGGUUCGGCUGCCAUAGGCAUGCUCUGCGUGAACUGAAUCCAACACUGAAGCGACCGACAGUGUCCAUGACACGUGAGAUCAAAGGUUGACAAAGGCUCCCUGUACCUAAGCUCUGGAAUCAUGUACAUAUUUGUUUCACCAGUUUCACUUUAAAAGUGUCAAAGGGUGUUUUAGAAGAUUCUAUUUUUCGGACUAAAUGUUUUUGUUCUUGUCAACGACUUGUUCUUUAAAUACCUGCUAUCUGUCCUGUGAAGCUAGUUUGCUCCGCCAGACUGCUUUGCUGUUAGUACAGCUGCUGACUGUUCUUGUGGUGUUUCUGUCAGAAGGCCUGGAUUUAAAGAGUGCAAAAGAUACAGAACGCCUUGAUAUGGGCUCAAAAGAGAGAGAGUAAAAAGGAUUGAUUAACUUAAAAUAAAAAGCAAGAUAUGGAAUGACAUAGGUAACGCAUUUGGAAGCCAUUUUGAGUACCACAUGGCUCUAGCGGGGAGACUAUUUCAGUGAAAUGGUCUUGUCUAUUGUUUGCCGUGUCCAUUUGCCAAAAGGUCUAAAGUGAAGCUUGUAUGAUUACCGAAGAAUCAUUAUGUUAUGUUUUGUGCUUAAAUUACGGCUAUUUGAAUAUGUUCAAAUUUAUUUUCUUUGUCAAAUCGUUUAGGAAUAGAAAUAACAUGGAAUGAGGAGAGAAAAUGAGUAAAUACAUUAAGGCUACCUGCAGAGUGUUGCUAUAUCAACAAUUAUAAUUUUCAAUACAAUUAUCUAAAUUGAAAACAUGAUUACCUCGAAGAAGCAUUUUCCUUCCAUUGUACAGAAUCUGUUAAAUCGUUCUAACUGAGGGCUAUUUCAAACAACUCUCUUGUGGUGAAUACUACAGAAUAUGUAUUUUCAUUCACCUACAGCUGUAGGAUCUUAAUUUGAGCCAGUUUGUUACAGCAGGAAAAGAAUCCUGCAGCAACAUGAAAUGUACAUUUUUACAUGGAUAAUAAUGAGUAGACAUUUUCUUUUGUUGGGGUUGAUACAUUUUUUUGUAAGGAUAAAUCAAGUCUGAAAUUUCAAAGUGACAAAUACAAUUUGAUUUCAUUUUAAACCCCAGGAAAGUUGAAAUCAAAUUAAGAUCCUACAUCUGUAAUAUAUCAUGCCCUUAAAUUAUCAUGCUCUUGGAUCCUGAAUUAAAGUCUGAGGCAUUUCAGAAAGUGUAAUGUGGAAUCCUUUGCUCUUAGCUAAUCUGGUAGCGCAGGCUAAUUUCUAGGAGUGUGAUUUUGGUUUUGUGUCACAAAGGCUGUCUUAAGGAGUCAGGAAUAGAAACGUAAUCUCUUGUUUACCGUCACUGCAUGCAGGUGGUCUCCUCAACAAGCACCUUCUGUUUCAUAGAAAUGUAAAUGUUAACCUUCAAAUGUGUUCCUUUGGAAAUUGCACAACCAAAAUUGAUUUCUAGAAUGGACACUGAAAACCAUUGAAAUUGAACGAAAUGGCUCAGCACACUGCUUUGUAUUGAAUUAAAGGAGAUGUGUGUGUGUGUGUGUGUGUGUGUGUGUGUGUGUGUGUGUGCGUGUGUGUGUGUGUGUGUGUGUGUGUGUGUGUGUGUGUGUGUGUGUGUGUGUGUGUGUGUGUGUGUGUGUGUGUGUGUGUGUGUGUGCGUGUGUGUGUGUGUGUUUAUCAGUGUGUAAAAUGCAGAUAGUGAUCCAUGAGCCUUGGGGCCUUCUGAUGUCCAGAUUAAUCCCAUCUUCACAUGGUUUUUAAAGAUAGACAUCUGCUAGGAUUUAACUCCAGGGGCUCUCAGAAAGGAAGAACGGCUCUGGAGCUGCCCUGAUCUGGAUAUAGUGUAGCAGUAUGUUACUGUAGACAGGUACAGGUACUUCAGUACCGAUGAUAACCAGGGGCCUCAUUUAUAAAAAGAUUUGUACUCACAGAUUUAAUCCUAAAUUGUGCAUACAAUGCCAUUUCUAAAUGAGGCCCCAGGUGCCCAGACCCAUUGCAGACUAGUUUGGACCUGAAUGCCGAAGACACAUUUCAUUUUGGGGACAAUACAGUUAAUUGUGCCAAUCUAAUUUAUUUUACAUCUUCAAAUUCUAUUAGGCCAAGAUAAAGUAAAUCUAUACACUUACUCCAAUUUUAAUACUCUGCUUCCAAUGUCUUUGCUGAUGUCGGGCCAGCAUGGAAGAUUUGACACGGUGACAAUCAGUUUGAAAGGUUAGAAGAAGGCCAUUUGAUGAGGUCUCUAAGAGCUAAUUCUGUCUGUUUGAUACCAGAGAAGACUUUAACCGCUGUGAAGUGGAUUUAAAAAAGGUUUUGAUCCAUCCAUCUUUUGAGGUUUAUUUGUUCUGGAUAUGAAUACCAUGUUAAGGUUUUUAUUUUAAUUUGGAGGAAUAAUUUUACUUGUGUAUAUUUAGUAUGUACAUGGUCACGUUGUCCUGUGCCCAUGUCAACAUGACAGCAGAGUUUGUGUGUGUAAUAGAUGUGAAGUGUUUCAACCGCUGUUUUUGGUUCUUUUGUUUCGCUUGUGUUUGGCUCUCGACCUCUAAGUGCUUUGUGUGGCGUUAUUUCAAAGAAAACAAAAACAGUGUUUUGUAAAAUGCACAAAGUGACCAGCUGUUUGUUUGAAAGCUAUUUCAAUCAGAAAUAUAUUCCUAAAAGAUU